UGCAGAACUCGAGAAAGGCUGGGAAGGAGGGCGAGGAGCCUCGAAUGCCAAGCACACACGCGCCCCUCCAUUUUCCUGGCUGAUUCAUCCCCAGAAGCUACCCGCCAGGCUGCUGGAGAGCUCCGAGCCUUGGCUGCUCCUGCUCGAACUGAGCUGGUGCCCGCAUCCCGGUCAUUUCCCCAUCGCUCCCUCCCCUCCCUUCCCGGGGAGGGGUGAGGGAGUCGCUUGCCCUUACUCAGUUCUCUUGUCUCCUCCUCCUCCCCUGCCCCCCCGCCCCCCUUCCACUCCCUCCGCUCUUCCCUCUCUCCCCUCUCCUCCCUCCGGGGUGUGAAGCGUUCAGUCUCUCCGUCAGCGCUAGCGAGGAGGGCAAGCGAGCCGAGGGAGCCAGAGCUUUCCGGCUUGGGGGGCCGCCAGGCCCGAGCAACCCUCUCCCCCGACCCCUGCUAGAGAGUCAUCGUCCGGGGAAGAGGCGCGAGAGAGGGAGAGCGGGGAGAGGACGUGGGGGAAGCAGAGCAAGCAGAGAGGAGGGAAGGGGAAGGAGGCCGAAGAGCCAAGGGGCGGCGGGAGAGCCCAGCGGAGGGACCGAAGAAACCCCGGAGUGGAGACCGAGCCCGGCGGCCGCAGCGGCAGGAGCGCCAUGCCGGGGGGCUUCUAGCGCUGCCGGGGUGGCCUCCCGGGGAUGCCUAUGGCUAAGGCAGCGCCCUGGCGCCCGCCCUCCGGGCCGCCGCCGCCGCCGCCGCUGCUGCUGCUGCUGCUACUGCUGGCGUCGGGGGGCGCGCGGGGCCGGGCGCCCCUGGAGGCCGGGGCCCCCCCCAGCCCGAGCCCGAGCCCGAGCCCCCAGGCCUCGGAGGUGGCGCCGGAGGCGGCCAGCGAACCUCCUGGGGGCGCGGGGGAGCGCUGCCUGGGCUACUACGACGUGAUGGGCCAGUGGGACCCCCCAUUCCGCUGCAGCACGGGCCCCUUCCGCUACUGCUGCGGCACGUGCGGCUACCGCUUCUGCUGCCGGAGCGCGCCGCGCCGCUUGGCCCAGAGCCGCUGCUCUAACUACGAUACGCCGGGCUGGCUGCAGACCGGGCCCCCGCGUUCGGCCGCCAAGCCGGCCCCCGACGGCGCUCCCGCGGGCCCCGGGCCGCCCAACCCAGCCCGCGACCGCGCUCAUGUGGCCGUGUACAGCGUGUGCGGGGCAGUGGCCCUGCUGGCGCUCGGGGCCAUCCUCACGCGGCUGGGGCUGGACAAGGCGCGCAGUCCGCGCGCGGAGCGCGCCGGGGCCAGAGCUCUGAGCGACCUCCUGAAGCAGCCGGGCGGGUCCGGCCCGCUGCCGCCGGCCCUGGGGAACAGCGUUCAGGUGCCGAUGGGCGACGGCCUUCCUCGGGGCUCCCCCCGCAACGGUCCAGACACAAAGCAGGGGAAGGCGGCCUCCCUGGGGACUCCCGGUGCGCCCUCCCGGCUGGCCCUGCAGCGGCCCGACUACGCCGGCUAUGCCACCCUGAAGGCCUCAGAGAGCAGCCCCGGACGGUUCUACAGGCGCUUCCCUUCGGUGGACGUGCCCGUGCCCAGCACCGUGUCCCUGCCGCCCAGGGUGCCCGGGCACCACAAGGACCUGCCCCUGCUGCUGGACGGCUGCCCCUGGGCCACGCCGGGCCCCAGGGCCAAAGGCCUGAGAGGCGGCCCCCCGGGGCCCCCCGCCUGCCAGGCCUGGGCCGCUUCUCGGGCGCCCCCUCGGGCCCCCCAGGGGUCCCGGGCCCCGCCCUCCCCAGCCCCCCGGAGGCCCCCGGCCCACGUGCCCAAGCGCCAGUUCAGUGGGGAGCAGCUGGGCGAGGCCUCGGGCCCCCCGCACACCAACAGCAAAGCGGAGGUCACCGUGUGAGGGCCGUCGAAAGAGUCCGAGGGCCCGGGUUCAAAUCCUGACGUUGCUGCUUCCCGCCUGUGGGAGCCCGGCCAGGGCCCCCUCUCUGGACCUCGAGUCCCUCCUCUGUCGGAUGAGGGGGGGUCCGGGGAGCCCCCAACGCCCCAAGUCCUCUGUGCAGGGCGGCCGCUUCCCUCCCCCCACCCCAACACCAGGCCCUGCGGGGCGGAUGGACCUCCCCGUGGCCCCAGCACCCCCUGCUCCCUCGAUGGCUGCUGGCGGGGAGACACGGACAAAGGGGGGCCGGGGGGGCCCUCUGUAACCCCCCAAUAAACGGCCUCCCGGGGAGGAGGCACGGGGUCCUGCCGAG